CUUCCUACAACAAAAUUUCAUUGGAUGAUGUGAAGAAUGAUAAUAUUGAAGAAAGAUGCUCACAAUACUUGAUGGAUAUUUCACAAGAAUUUACAGAUUUAACAGAUGUGUUUUUUAAAUCUUUUUUGAAAAUUAUGAUAAUUCCUUCAUUUAUGCAGAAUUAUUUUCCAAUUAUCAGAGAUCAGAAGAAACAAUGGAUUCGUAAUUUUUCUAGAAUUAGAGAAAUCUUACAUGUGAUUGUUAAAGAACGCAGAAAAGAAAUUGAAAAAGAGCCACUGAACAAACAGUUGAGACCAGAUUUAUUAACAACUUUAUUAACAUUGAAUACUGAACGUGACAGAAACAAUACUUUUGAUGAAUUACCACCAAUGGAUGAACAACAAAUUGUUUCAAAUCUAUUUGAAUCUAUUGGAAUUGACACUACAGCAUAUAUGAUUAGCAUAGGGCUCAAUCUUAUUUUGGCACAUGAAGAGGUUAAAGAAAAGAUGCUGGAAGAAAUUAAUCAAGUAUUUGCUGAUAACUCAAAAC